AUGGACCAAAGCGAUGGGCUUCUGAAAGAGAACCCCCACGCGUGGUCCAAUGACUACAAUGUCAUGGUCAUCGAUAAUCCCGUGGGCUCUGGCUUCAGCACCUUGGGAUUCGAAGAAUAUCGAAGAAUUGCUACACCGGGAAGAAGUGUGGGGCCCCAGACCGUCGUUCGGACCGUGCCGAGGAGCUAUGUCACCUCAGAGAAGGAGAUGCGCGAAGACUUCUACACUGCCUUGAAGGUCUUCUUCAAGAAGAACCCGCUGUGGGUCACUGGCGAGAGCUAUGGUGGCAAGUACGUACCCAACGUGGCAUACGAGAUCCAGUUGAGGGGUGAGCUGCCAUUGAAGGGGGUGAUCAUUGGCAAUGGUGUCUACAGCGGGAAGAUCCAGGCUCCAACCGUCCCAGACUUUGCCUACGCGUCCGGGGUCAUCGACGAGCGCGGCUACGAAGCCGCCAAGACGAAGUUCCAGCAUUGUGUGCAGCUCAUCGAGGAGGGAUCUUUAAAGGAAGCCGAAGAAUUCUGUGAAGACUCCGUCCGAUGGCUCUAUGCGAGCAACAAGAGUGCGGGUGGCGUUUUCUACUAUGACCUCGGACUGCCAGAUGCCAGCUUUCUGGAUCGCAUCACCGACCAGCUGUCGAAGUAUCUCAACAGCGCUCCGACCCGCGAGGCAUUGCAUGUUGGCCUCAGGACGUGGCGCCAGAGCGACGAGACCGGCCCUGUGGCGGAUGCCUUGCUGGCAGACUUCGAGACGGAGCAAGGCACCCGAAACGGUCCCGCGCCGUUUUCACCCUCCCCGGGCCGGUCCGGCGGUCCGGGGAGCCGAAAACGAGCUCAAGCGGUUGGGGUAGAUGGGAGGGAACAUGGUUGGCUGAUGUCACCGGGAAGGCAUGGCUGA